CUAAAAAAAACUAAAGAAUCCAAAAGCUAGAAGAGAGGAAGGAGGAGAAUACUUGGAAUCUGGAUCCUCCAAUGAAUCACCCGCUUCAAAUAUCAGAGGAAGAAGAUGGAUCAUCAGAAGAAGAGGAGGAGGAAGAGGAAGUUUUUGAAGAAAAUGGCAUUGAGAACUUUCAUAGUCAUUGCCAAAACCAGCACUUACAGCAGCUGCCAAUGCCACUCUGCCCAAAACCAACAAAAUGGACUAAUUUCACAACAUAUAAAGAAGAACUGAACAAAGUAACAAAAUGUAUGAAGCCAAAGAGAGCCAAACAAGAUGUGAUAGAAGUUCACAGAGGCCGAAUUAUUCGAGCCACGGGAAGAAAAGACAGGCACAGCAAAGUUUCAACUGCAAUGGGUCCGAGGGACAGACGGGUUAGGCUUUCACCAAACACUGCAAUUCAGUUCUAUGAUGUGCAAGAUAGGCUUGGCUAUGACCGUCCAAGUGAGGCCAUUGAUUGGCUGAUUAAAGAAGCUAAAGCUGCAAUUGAUGCUCUUGGUAAGUUUCCUAAACUUAAUGCCAAAAUCCAGUAUUCAUUUGAUCAACUUUUAGAUGAAGGCUGUAUAGAACAGCGUCCAAGAUUUGGUCAACAAAAUUAUGGAAUACCAAGUUCUGAAUAUGGAGUUCAGAACCACCAGCAGGAGGUGAAUUAUGGCAUCCCAAUUCAGAAUGUGAGCUUGCUUUCAUCAGCUGAUGGUGCCAUUUUCAGUGAGUUCCAGAGCUACCCACAUGGCCAUUUUCUCAAUUUCCAGUCUUUUCAAGAAGACACAAUCCUUUCCUCUGGUGGUCAUCAUGACAGCUUCUUAACCAGUUCAUUUCCAAUAUAUACCAAUUCCAAUUUGGAAAUGACUAGAUAUAAAAGAAGUCUGAAUGGGAAUGUUGCCAGUUCAAAUUCAGGAAAUGGAGAGGAUUAUUCUUCAUUCAGUUUAUUAGCACAUCAUUUCCCAUCAGUUUUAAGUGAAGACAAGGUCAUUUCUCACAGGGAACCCCUUCAGUCCAGCUUUUUUCCUCUAAUCAGUGGUGAUCCAUUGAGCACACAACUUCAGACCCUUUCUUAUGAUGGUUUGUCAGGGCAGAUUUCAAGUGCACCAAGAAUUCAAGGGGAAGAGGAGCAGGGCACAUUUUCUGCUCUUUGACCCACGGCAACUGCAUUACUCAUUAAGACUUACUACUUUCCUUUCCAGAUUCUUUUUUGACUUUUUUCAGGAGCUGAAAUUUCUGCUGAGUGGACCGACGUAAUGCAGAAUUUCCUAUAUUAUUGUCUUUCCUAUAUUGGGUACGAGAUGUUUAUCCAAAUUAUA